AUGGCUGAAUUCGUGCGCGCCCAGAUUUUUGGCACGACCUUCGAAAUCACGAGCAGGUACACCGACCUGCAGCCCGUGGGCAUGGGAGCCUUUGGGCUCGUCUGCUACUUCGUGACCGAGUUGCUCGGAACUGAUCUUCACCGCUUGCUCACCUCCAGACCGCUGGAGAAGCAGUUCAUCCAAUACUUCCUCUACCAAAUCCUCCGUGGUCUGAAAUACGUCCACUCUGCUGGUGUGGUCCACCGUGACUUGAAGCCUAGCAACAUCCUCGUAAACGAGAACUGCGAUCUUAAGAUUUGUGACUUCGGUCUCGCCCGUAUACAAGACCCUCAGAUGACAGGAUACGUUUCCACGCGAUACUACCGAGCACCAGAGAUCAUGCUCACGUGGCAGAAGUACGACGUGGAGGUUGACGUUUGGAGUGCGGGUUGCAUUUUUGCUGAGAUGCUCGAGGGCAAGCCGCUCUUCCCCGGAAAGGACCACGUGAACCAAUUCUCCAUCAUUACGGAGUUGCUGGGUACUCCUCCGGAUGACGUUAUCCAUACCAUCUGCAGUGAGAACACUCUCCGUUUCGUUCAGUCGCUACCUAAGCGCGAGCGACAACCCUUGGCCAACAAGUUUAAGAAUGCUGAGCCAGCCGCUGUCGAUCUGUUAGAGAACAUGCUCGUCUUUGACCCUAAGAAGCGUGUACGAGCGGAGCAAGCACUUGCUCACCCAUACCUUGCGCCUUACCACGACCCGACCGACGAACCAGUUGCUGAGGAGAAGUUCGAUUGGUCAUUUAACGAUGCUGAUCUUCCCGUUGACACAUGGAAAAUCAUGAUGUACUCUGAAAUUCUCGAUUACCACAAUGUGGACGCCGCUGCACAGGAGGGAGAGAACGGCGGAAGCUAA